AUGAGCUCCUCGCAGGGGGGUCCGACGCAAAGCCAACGCGCGCCAAAAGCGCACCUGGAAACAUCCCACGAAAUCCUCACCUGCACCAUCAAGUCGCCGCAGUUCUCAUACGCCCACCUGGAGCUCAGCACAAACGGCCCCGAGCCCGCGCAGCUCGACGACCUGCAGGUCAAGUCGUACUGCACCGCGGCGCUGCGGCAGUUCCUGGGCCUCACCGGGGAGGCCAUCUCGCUCGACAUCCUCAAGGUGGACGGCGCGGACUGCUGGCUGCGGGUGCCGAGACAGGACCUCGGCUCCUUCGCAGCGGCCAUCACGGCGUGGAAGGGCGCCAGCGAUGGCGGCGUGCACAGCGUAUUGCGCAUCAAGCAGUGCUCAGACUGGCUGGGCGCCAUGGUGGGCUCGGACGGGCAGGACGCGCUCUGGGACAGCUGA